GCUCAGAGGCCUCCCUGCAGUGUUGGUCCCCCAGGGCGCCGGGCCUCGAAUCGGAUCCCGCCCCGCCCCGUCGCGGGACCCUGUGUGUGUGAACGGCCCUAAUCCGGCUCAGGGCAGGACUACCAAUCCCAGAAUGCAGCAGGAGCCGCUCCGGAGCUGUCCUACCUGUUGGACGGCCAAGGGAAGCCGCGGUGGGCGGAGGCAGCGGGCAGGGAGCCGCCGACCUGUUCCCGGGAAAGAGGCGUGGGGCGCUCGGUGUGGUGGCGGCGGCGGCGGAUCAGUCCCAGGAAGAGCCCCGACGGCGGUGGCCGGAGCUCCCCGGGAGAAGCGCGAGCAGCGCCUGAAGCCCCAGGUCCCUGCGACGCUUGGGGUGCUGGUGGCUGACAGGAUCGGGACCCAGAUUGCCAGCUGGCAUUAUGGCGAGCGAAGACAUCACCAAUGCCCAGGACCUCCUGGACCUCAGCUUCAAGUCUCUGGCCUCGGAGCACAUGGACCUCAAGCAGUUGGAACUGGACACGGCGGUGGCCAAAGUGGAUGAGCUCUCCAAGCAACUGGAGUCCCUCUGGACGAAGAACCCCGCCCAGCCUCUCGGGCAGCUCAAGGCUAUGGAGAGAUUCAGCACCAGCCCGUCCCACGAGCUGCUGGGCAGGAUGAGUCCCAUCUCCCCCUCCCCGCUGCCCCUCUUCCCCCGCAAGAGCCUGGCGACGGAGACCACGGAGAGCACCCACUACUCCUUUGGGGAAGCGGCGCCGGGAUUCUCACACAGCUCCACGUACGGCUCGUCGUCCCCCAGCCAGCUCUUCGCACCCAGGUCCCCGCUGGGCCGCCCCACCUCGCCACGGCCGUCCCUCUUCCUCCAGCCGGAGGUGGACCGGGCACUGCCGCCCCCCAGGCCCAAGGUGCUGCCUGUACCCUACGAGACAGCGCCCAGCCCCACGGCCUCUCCCCGCUCCCUCCGGCCCAGCCUCUCCCUGGAGCGCCAGUAUGACUACAAGACCUAUGCUGGGCCGCUGGGCCGAGCCAGCUCCCCACGGAUGCCCACGGAAGGAGCUGUGCCACAGUCCUUCUUCCCGGACCGGGUGCCGUCCCCGCGGCCACCUCUGCCGCCACCAUACGAGAGCCAUAGCCUGUACCCGUCGGCACCCAGCACCUUUGCACCUUUCCGGUCUCAAGAUGACCUUGUGAUCCGGAGGAGGGUGCAGAAAGGGUGGAACGAAUCCGACCUGGACGUGGCGUAUGAGAAGAAGGCGGCCCACCCAGUUGGUUAUGAGCGAGGAGAUGCCCAUAUGGGGCUCCGCCAGAGCCCGGCAGGCGUCCCGCUGGCUCCUUGGAGGGAAUCGAGUUUAGACGGGGGCAUCGGGCCAAGCAAGGAGGAGCAUUAUGGGAUGCACAGCGCCACCUUGCCCAGGAAUUACAAGGUCUCCCCACUUGCCAGCGAGCGGCGCCCGGACACCACCUUCCGUCGCUCCCUCCCCAGCAACCCGACGGGAACCCUGCCCCGCAACUGGCAGCCCAUCUCCCGCAUCCCCAUGCCGCCCCCGAACCCACAAGGCAGCCUCCCCAAGCGCCACAAGCCGCUGCCGCUCUCCAUGAUCUUCCGGCUGCAGAACGCCUUCUGGGAGUACGGAGCAGCUGGGCAGAAGUUCCCACUUUCCCAGGGGCCCCCGGGGUCCUCGCUUUUCCUCCGCUCCCUCCACAAGCAGCUGAUGCAGCCGAUUCUGCCCCAGAGCCAGCACCACCUGCGCAUGGCCUCGCUCGGGAGCGAAGGAAACGGUGUCGCCAAAGCUGCCAGCCCCCCGUCUGAGCCCGUCCGCAUUGUCCCCAUCGUCUUGACCGCGGGCGACACAGAGGCUGAGCUGGAGAACCUCCUUCCGGGAGGGGAGCCGGCCGAAGUGGAAGAGGUCCCCCGGCCUCUGAGCCCCACCCGCCUGCACCCUCUGCUGCCCCCCGAGGCCCAGAAAGUGCCCGAGUUUGAGGAGGUGGCACGGGUCCUGGCUGAGAUGCCCCGGCCCCUGAAGCGCCGCGGCUCCAUGGAGCAGUGUCCCAGCCCCGCCCUGCCCCCCACCCACAAGAACCAGUACCGCCAGAUCAUCAGCCGCCUUUUCCACCACCACCCCCGCAAGGAGGACACUGCCUUGGCCGGAGAAGCGUCCCCGCAGACUGAGCUCUCGCCCAUCACCGAGGCCAUGGAGCAGAGGCCGCCAGGGGCUGUCGCGGCCCCCACCCCAGCAGCCCCCCUGCCACCAAUGCCGGCACCCCCCAUUCCACCUCCGCCUCUGCCAGAGAGCCCAGUGAGCUUCAGUCCUUUGCCCAGUCCGGAGAAGCGCUCGGUGCUGCGCAAGGGAGCCUCCCCACGGAAGCGGCUGACAAAGAGGGCGCGACUCAACCCCCUGGUGCUGCUACUGGAUGCGGCCCUGACCGGCGAGUUGGAAGUCGUGAAGGAAGCCAUGAAGGAGUUGAACGACCCGAGCCAGCCAAACGACGAGGGAAUCACUGCUCUGCACAAUGCUAUCUGCGGUGCCAACUACAACAUUGUGGACUACCUGAUCAACAUUGGGGCCAACGUCAACUCCCCGGACAGCCAUGGAUGGACACCCCUGCACUGUGCUGCCUCCUGCAACGACACGGCCAUCUGCGUAGCCCUGGUCAAGCACGGAGCGGCCAUUUUCGCCACCACUUUCAGUGACGGCAGCAUGGCCAUCGAGAAGUGCGACCCGUACCGCGAGGGCUACAGCGAGUGCUUCAGCUACCUGGCAGAUGUUGAGCAGAAUAUGGGCUUGAUGAACAACGGGGUGGUCUACGCCUUGUGGGAUUAUAGCGCCGAGUUCAGUGACGAGCUGUCUUUCCGUGAGGGCGAGCCCGUCACCGUGUUGCGCCACGACAGCCCCGACGAAACGGACUGGUGGUGGGCCUCUCUCUACGGCCAGGAGGGCUACGUGCCCAAGAACUACUUCGGGCUCUUCCCCAGGGUGAGGCCGCAGCAGAGGAAGGUGUGACGUUUCAGAGGGAGGACCCCCGUCGCUGCCAUCCCAGGAGGAACCUGAGGAAUGUGCCUGGACAGGAUCCUGGAGAACAGCUUCGCUGUGCGGAUGCAUCGCCUCGCCUACCCGAGGAGGGUGGCUGUCUGGCAUCCUCGGAUGCACUAUAAUGGUGGAGGGAAGGGAGAGACACGCAAAGCUGGGCAACUCCUUGGCUCUCUCGCUGUCUGUGUGUGUGUGUUUGGAAAAGCAUGCCUAAAAGGAGAGGGUCUGACCUGGCUUUUUUUUUUUUUACUAUCUGCCUUCCUCUCCUCCUGCUUCCGUUAAGGACCUGCCCAACGCUAGGAAGGGUGAUAGCAAUUUUUUAUUAUUAUUUUGCAUAGAAUUGUAGUGUUGAAAGGGAUCCCAAGGGCCAUCUAGCCCAACCCCCUGCAACGCAGGAACCUCAGCUGAGGAAUCCCUGGCAGAUGGGAAUGUCAACCUCCAAGGAAGCAGAGUCCCCACCACUUGGGAUUCUGGCUCCAGCUCCUGGAAGGUUUUUGUCCCUUUCAUCCAAACAAAAAUGCAGAAUCUGGGUGACUAAUUGAUUUGCCCAAGAGGUACGUAGCGCACCUCUGGUGGAAUCCUUCCCAUAAAUCUACCCACAGCCCCCCCUUUUUUGCUCCUGCUCCAGCCUUGCCUCUCAAAGAGAUUGCCCCCUUCCCUCCCAGCUCCUACACUGACCCCCUCUCCAUCCCCUGCUGGAACAGCCCUGGCUUCCUUGCCUCUCUGGACACAUCCACCAGCUGGCCUCUCCGCUCCCAGCCCUGGCCAUGUCGCCAACAGCCUCCUUUGGAAUUCGGCGUGAGAACUUGAGCAAUGGCAACUGCUUCCCCCUCUCAUUUCUAUGGCCACUGCUCAGCUGCAGUUCUCCCUCCACGAAUCUCUGGCUCCCUGUCCCAGCAUUGCAACUGGAGACGUGAGAGAAGAGGACCUCGCUUCCCUGGGACUCACAGUUUCAACGGGAACCUCGAGAGGAGAGCUCCCUCCCUGGCCAGGAGGAGGGCUCCGCAGGACGGGACCGUGGCCUGGGCAAAACCCACUGCUUUCUGCCUCUUUCUGCUCUUUUGGCUUUUGCACAAAUGGGAGCCACGAGGGAGCUUGUGCCUUGGUGAGUUUGCCUCGCCAAGGGGGUGUUGCCUUCUAACACAGCUCCAUCUAGCCCAAUGUGGCCUGCACUGACUGGCAGCAGGCUCUCUGGCAGAGAGACGCCUUCCCUGCUGCUAGCUCCCUGAUCUUCCUAGCUGGAAAGGCCCCGGUUUGAACCCAAGACUUUCUGCAUGUCAAGCAUGGUCUCUGCUCCAGAGCUGGGCUGCCUCCCUUCAGACUGCGGAGGAAUCCCCGGCUCAAUUGCAGCAGCUCUGUUUUGCUCUGCCUUUUCCCACUCCUAAAGUCUUCCUGUCACACCUGACACUCCUCCUCCUUGGACAAGGUGAUCCACGUCCUCCCUACCUUAUUUUGUGGGCUGUUAUUCCGCCAAGGCCGGCCAGCCGCCAUAAGAGAGACGAGCCCCUCCACCAAUCACCUGUAGCCGAGCAGAUCGCUCAAACUGCAGCCAGGGGUGGCAUUUUAAAGUGAAUGAAAAGGAUCAUGUACUUGGUGGUGGGUGCUGGGUUAACAGAUAUGAAGCCAGUGUUCUGUAUCCCUUGCAUAUUAGCCUUGGAAGGUUACACCCCCAGCCCAGCCAUGGGCCCCUCCAUGCAACUGCUGCAAAAAGAUUCCUCUAUUUGCAGGAAGGAUUGCAGGGGGAGAAUUUUGGGUUUGUGCUUCUAUCAAGAACACUAGCUGGAAGAACACAGAGUAACUAUUAAAAAUUGGACUGCUCCAACACAGACCCUUCGUAAUCCUUCUUUCAGGACGCCUCUGUUUAAUAUUUUGUGAAUAUAUUCUUUCGAUUCUUGUUGAAUAGCUAACCCUGAUCUCAGGAGUUCCCCACACGUCUCCUAGAAAUAAAAGUCAUGCAAGGCCAGACAAUUGAAUAUGUCUGAGGGAUGGGCCUCUCUUGGAGAUAGGUCUGAUGGGGUCCAUUGAUCUUGCCCCUGUCAAGACAAUUUUUCAACAUGACCCACGGGAAACUGGAUAACAAAAAGAAAGUAAAACCACAAAGGAAAAACUCCUCAAGGAGAUUCCAUACCUUUUUCAUUAAAUGGGAGAGCAGACCCUAGCAAUAAUCUGGGACACGUUUAAAGCUUUUGUCCAUGGAAUCUGUAUUAGGAAAAAAUGUGGCGUUGUAAAGGAGAAAAGUAACAUUAACACUCAAAUUACUACAAGAAAUACUACUACGGGAGCUUGAAACAAAACAGAAAUGCACACAAAGCAAAAUAGUUUACUGUAAGCUGCCUAAGGGGGAAAAAGGCAGAAUUGGAAUCAUUGGAAAUAUCCCAGGUACUAAACUCUCUUAUCUAGGAUCUGAAAACUGGAUCACAUAGAUUUGGAACUUUGCUACGAGAACCUCAAAUGGGGAAAAGGCACUCCUUUUAAUGCAACAUGCAACAUUCACUACGUACAAUCAACCGAGCAUCGAUUCUGCCCUCCAAAAAUGCACAGGGAUGCUAUAGAAUAACACUCGCUUACUGUUUUUGCACCUGUAGCGUGUAAUGGAUAUUGUAUUAGGCAUAAAACUGGAGCCACACUCUUUGGCGAGGGGAAUUACUUUGCUGUUGAUGAUGUAUUUGUAAUUGCUUAUAUCUAAAAAGUAUGUUUUAAAAAAUGAUAAUAAAUGUGGACUAACUGGAUCAUUGAUGCGUUGCUUCCAUUUAUCGGUCAAGUGCCUCUGCUGAGUUGUGAAGGUAUUGGGGUAGGGAGAAGGAGGGUGGAUUUCGUGCACACACCCCGGCUGAUUUACGAUUCUCUUUUGGCCCUAAUGGAAGCUCUCUGCCUUUAACAGUUUCAGGUUAGACAGAAACAUGCACAAUUAGUUCCCCUUGUUCCUAACCUAAUUGACACUUCCUUGUUCCUAAGAGCUGUUCGGCAGUGGAAU